AGAGACUGGACUGGAAAAGGUCGCUACGAAUUCUUCGUGCGGUAGAAAGUCUCCGGAGGCGUGGCGCCCAGACCACGCCUCCGGUUCUGAUUGGCUCCUUCGAAACAGGCGGCCGCGCUGGGCGACGAACUGCGGCGGCGGCGGCGGUUGGUUGCAGGCUUGCUGGCACGCACAGAUUGAGCCCGAGUCGCCCGGAGAAGUGAUCUCGCUCCCGGGCUGGUGAGUGACUUCCCUCUUGGAUUUCUCUUUUCCUCCCUAACUUUCCGUUGCCUGUCCUGCGGCAUCUUUGCUGCGCCUCAGCACGGACUCCCCACCCCCACCUCCCCAGUCUAUAGCGUCCCGGUGGAGUUCAGGUGGGCUACAGAGCUGCAGGAUUCCCUAGAACUCUGCGAUUGGCUGACUGAGGGAGCCGCCUGCUAUGAUUGGCUCUUGGGGCUGUCACGGUGACGUUCAGCUCACCUUCCGACACCUGCCCGCUCUGGUUCCGAGAAGUUAGCACCGUUGUGCCCGUAUAGAUGGUUUACGCUGGAGCAGGAGUUGAACCCAGAUGAAUCCCGUGCUUUGUACUACCAUAGUGCUGUUUUGAUGAUUCCAAGAGCAGAGCUUUGGAGCCAACGCUGCCGCCUCUUUUGGGUUUUGACGGAUUAUCACGGGGAGGUACAUAGAAGUUUCAUCUCAGUGUAGAUGACCAUGCAGCCUGCAAUCCAAGUGUGGUUUGGGGAAGAUCUGCCUCUAAGUCCCAGGUGUCCCCUGACUCCCAGACAUGGCCCGGGACUGGCUGACGUUUGCCAGUAUGACGAGUGGAUAGCCGUGAGACAUGAAGCCACCCUGCUGCCUAUGCAGGAAGAUCUCUCUAUUUGGUUAUCUGGCUUACUAGGUGUUGACAUCAAGGCAGAAAGAUUAUUGGAAGAGCUCGAUAAUGGAGUGCUGUUGUGUCAGCUAAUCAAUGUUCUUCAGAACAUGGUGAAAGGCUGCCACUCUGACGAGCCAGGGAACUUUCCAAUGAGAAAGGUGCCUUGUAAGAAAGAUGCUGCUUCGGGCUCAUUCUUUGCCAGAGACAACACCGCCAACUUUCUUCACUGGUGCCGACACAUCGGUGUUGACGAGACUUACCUCUUUGAGUCGGAAGGUUUAGUUUUACAUAAAGAUCCCAGACAGGUGUACCUUUGUCUUCUUGAGAUUGGUCGGAUUGUGUCAAGAUACGGAGUUGAGCCACCAGUAUUAGUAAAACUUGAGAAAGAAAUUGAGUUGGAAGAGACCUUGCUUAAUGCCUCGGGGCUUGAAGAGUCCAUCAGCAUCCCCAAAUCCUGCUGUCAGCAAGAAGAACUACAUGAAGCUGUUAAACACAUUGCGGAGGACCCUCCUUGUAGCUGCUCUCAUCGGUUUUCUAUUGAAUACUUAUCCGAAGGGCGGUACCGGCUAGGGGAGAAAAUUCUCUUUAUAAGGAUGCUUCAUGGAAAACACGUUAUGGUCCGCGUCGGUGGAGGCUGGGAUACUCUACAGGGAUUUUUGCUGAAGUAUGACCCCUGUCGAAUACUGCAGUUUGCUACACUAGAACAAAAAAUUUUAGCAUUUCAAAAAGGAGUUUCUAAUGAAAGCGUGCCAGAUUCGCCUGCCAGAACGCCUCAGCCUCCAGAAAUGAACCCUUUGUCAGCAGUUAAUAUGUUUCAGAAACAAAAUUUAAGACCUGGCACACCAGUGAGUGUUCCGAAGAACAAGGAGAAACAGGUACGUCUACCAGGUGCACGUCUGCCUGCAUCGUCAGUAAAAGGUAAUUUGGCUUCCCCGUCUACCCGGGCUAAACGGCCAGAUUCUCCAGCAUCAUUUCCACAUCCCAAGGUGACAUCUUUGAAGGACGCAGCAAAAAAGACGACUGCUCCUUCCAACAGUGUAUCGCAGUCCCUGGCUUCUCCAAAUCCAGGGUCUAAACCAAGCACUGCACAGUGUGCCUCAGAGUCAUCGCGAAAAUGUGUCACCUUCCCCAAGACUGCACAGACCAAGGCUAUUCCAGCCCAGAAUUCAAGAGAUCUGUCUAAGUCCAGACUUUUACCAAGUAAAUCUCCUGGAAAAAUGGAACCAAAGCAUUUGAAACACAAUCAUCUUUCUUCUAGGGAUGAGUCACGUAUAAACUUAUCAUCCAAGUCCCCAAAGCUACCUAAAGGAGCCAUGCACGGAAGGCCUAACCCUUCUCCUUUCCAGCCACCUGCCAAAGUGACCAAGCCCAGUUCUAAAACCGGAGCCAUAGGUCUAGGGACACAGUCUCAGCCACCCACUAGAACGCCGAGGUCAGGAGCAGUCUCAGCACAAAGACUUCAGUCUACAUUGAAUUUAAACAGUCCAGCUUCUGUGUGCUCAGGGUCCUCUGCAAAAGCUACUCAGGGAUCGAAAGGUAAGAAUACAGUUUCAGUUGCCAAAAAGCAACCUCAGAGUAAGGGUGUCUGCCGGAAUCCGGGACCUGGCUCUUCAAAGUCUCCUGGCCGUACCCCGCUGUCUAUUGUGACUGUUCCCCAAUCUGCUACCAAGACAGAAACUGUCUCGAAGUCAGCCAAGACUGCCAUGAAGGGCCAGUACUCAGCUAAAGGGCCUCCCAAAAGCAGCAAGCCACCAACUUCCUUCAGGGACCCACCCUCAUCUGGUAAGGGGGCAGACAGCGGAGAUAAAAUGCCCACUGCCAGGAAGAAGGAAGAAGAUGACCAUUAUUUUGUUAUGACCGGAAAUAAGAAGCUUAGGAAAUAAAUACACUUGUAUCGUUUCAGCAAAUCAGGGUGAUCAAUGAAUGGCGAGCCACAAGGAUCACCAAAGAUCUUCCUAUUUGUGUCUGUCCGGAGAGCUGCAGACAUGAAGUCAAGAUGGGAUGAAGCUGGGUCAGGGAAAGGACCCAUGCAUUUUGUGUAUCAAUGGACAAAUGUGUGAGUUUUGACCUGUAUCAUCUUGCUAAUGAUGUCUGCUGUUUGAGGGAAGUGUAAAAGUCCAAGAACACUACUAGAAUUUUAACUAUUGGUGGUAUAUUUUUGAACACAGGUUAACUGUGGAGGUUAUCUGCUAAUAGCAACUCCGAUACUCUUAAACACUAGUUACUGUGCUCAGCCACAAAGCAAUGGUUUGCUUGGCGCUAGUGUGUGCCUGUAAUCCCAGCUCCGAAGGCUGAGGCAGGGGUACACAGUAGAAGCCAGCAAGGUUUUGAAAUGUGCUGUAAUAGGCACCUAAUUUAUUGGUCAGGAAUCCUGGUCCAGCAAUCCUAAGUACCAAUGGCUCCUGCUGUUUACUUUGAUAUUAUUCUGGAUUAAAUGGAAUUCUUACUAUUUAAAUCUCUAUAAUAUUUCCGUAUCAGAAGGGACUAUUUGGUUUUUUAAUUAAACUUGGCUUUUUAAUACUGUAUCAUUUUAUAACCAAUAUUUUUGAUAAAAAGAAAAAAAAACUCAACCAAGUAAGUUAACUUAUUGAAUCAUAAGCUGAAAUUUAGUAAGAAUUAAGUUUUUUAAAAAAAAAAAAUAUAUAUAUAUAUAAUCUAGACACUUUGUAUCUUAUAUUUUUAGAUGAAGUCUGUGCAGUGUGACAGGGAAACAUUUAAUAGCUUUUAGCAUACUAAGAUAUUUUAAAUAGACAUUUCCUAUAUGUACAUAUAAAUUUUUUCAUUAAAAUAAUGUGUUUUGAUACCAGAAUUAGGUUUUAAUGAUCUUAAAAUUAAAAGGGAUGGGGGGUGGCUCAAUGGAUAAGUCAUGUCUAGUACAGGCAUGGGGAUUGGAGUUUGUGUCCCCAUACCUACAUACAAAUCUGGGUGGGCUUGAUGGUCUGCCUGUAGUCCCAGCACUCAGGAGGAAGAGACAGGAUUUCCUGGGACAAGCUGGCUGGCGAGAGGAGCCGAUGGAUGAGAGGCAGCUCUUUUGAGAGACCACCCCUACCUUAGUAAAAAAGGAAGAUUCCCAAAGUCAAUGUCUGUUCUCUCUAUGUACAGACUCAUACAUAUAUCCUGUUCACAUAUGCACACACACACACACACACACACACACACGCACACACACCUAUGAAUGCAUAUAUACACACAGACUCACAUACAUGCAUGCACACCACAUAUAUUGACGCGUACAAAAGAUUAAGAUGGUAUUAAGAGAACCUUUGUGUGAUGCUAUGCACACAUCUCAUCAGGUGACUUGUAUUUCUUUUGCUAGCACACUGUCGAUUUUAAUUAGUCUCCAGAUUAUGUUCAUCUUCAUUAGUAAGGCCAUGUUGUGCUCAGUUUUCCAGUGCCCAGCAGACAGUGUACCUUCUGUUCUGUAGGCAGAUUCUCGUCAGGAAUAUCCAAUGAUUUCAUGACAGCAUAAACACCUUCCACCCACAGGGAUACUUGUAAAUGAUUUAUGUACAGGCUUGUCACUAUUUAAAGUUUAUUAAUGUACUUUGGGAACUUUUAAGGGUGUUAAGUAACUAUGGUAUUACCAGUUAUCCUAAGUUGUAGGAAGGAAAAGCAGGUCUAAGAGGUACACGCUUGUAAUUCCAUUACUUGGAAAGUGGAGGCAGGAGGAUCAGAAAUUCAAGGUCAUGUUCAGCUAUGCACUAGAGACACGCCUCAAAAAAAAUUGUCACUUUGACUCCUCUUUUAUAACUCAGAUGCCCUCCCUUUAAAAUCUGCUUUCCAUCCUCCUCCUCUUCCUUUCUUUUCUUUGUGAGACUGAGGAUCUAUGGUGUCUUACAUUGAUAGAUAAGCAUUGCGACUGAGCUUCCUCCUCGGCCCCUUCAAAUACGGUUUCUAACACAAACAAAAUAGUUGACCCAGACCUGCCAUCAUUGAAUGAGUGAGCAUCGUGGCUGGCUGCUGGCAUUCUCUAGACCUACAUACAGCAAGAGAACCUUGGGUAAAGACCACUGGAUCUUUACCCAAGCAGUAUGCAUAAAAUCAAAGAUCUACUCAGGAUCCCUUACAACAGAAAACCACCAAAAACUUGCCAAACGUUCCGGUUCUGAGCAUCACUAAUGGCAAUAUGUACAUCUUUGAAAGCACCUCUUAGCACUCAAAAGAGAUGCCAGGGGCAUUUCUGUAAUCAGGAAUAUCUAACACACCUUUCAGAGAGGAAGGAUUGUAGCUUUAGAGAGGCUAUUCCCUCAUAGAGAGGGCCGCCGAAACUAUUUCUAGAUCAGUAACUUCUGAGAAUUAAAAGAAAAAUAUAAAUUACACUAUAGGCAGACUAAACCUAUGACUCAGUACAUUGUACAGUUUUAUAAACAUUAUCUUUUGUGCUGGGUAAUCAAGAAUAAAGAUAUUCUCAGACACCUGGCACAAAUUCCCGAAUUAACUUUAGGAUUAUUUAUUUAAGAUAAAGAUUGGGUUUUUUGUUUUUGUCUGCUGUUCAGUAGCAUUUCUCCAACUGUAGUCAUAUAGGGUGAAUUUCUUUGUGUGUGUACCUUGUCUUUCCUAAGCAUAGGUUGUAUGUGAAUAAGUAAUUCAGUUCCAUGGGAACUGAGAGAACACUCAGCAACUCAGAACACUUGGUAUUCUUGCAGAGAACCUGAGUUCUAUUUCCAGCACUCCCGGGGUGGCUCACAAGCAUCCAGAACUCUUGUUUCAGGGUAUCUGAUGCUCGCUUCUGGCCUCCAGAACACAGGCACCAGGCAUUCAUAUUGCACACAUACAGGCAAAACAUUCAUACAUGCAAUCAAUCAAUUAGUAAAUAUCUUUCCCUCCCAAAUUAAAAAAGUUAAAUUCUUUCUGAUGUAUUUUGGUAUUUUCUAAAGGAGCUGAUAAAUCUUUGCCACAAUUUAAAAAACAAGUAUAAUGCAGUUGUACUCACUUCUUUUUACUACUAGUGUGAAAUUACAUAAGGUCUUUUUGUGUUUAAUAUUUAAUAAACCAAAUAUUAAGCAUAAAAUGCUGAUGUACCUGGAAGACACAUGUGUGGUUUCUUAAAAAUAGAAUGUUUUUGUUUUGGAAUGCUUUGCUAAUGUGUAAUUAUAUAAAGCUGAACAGGGACGGGAAGGGAUUUUUUUUUUUUUUUUUUUUUUAAGAUUUAUUUAUUAUUUUAUGUAAGUACACUGUAGCUGUCUUCAGACACACCAGAAGAGGGAGUCAGAUCUUGUUACGGAUGGUUGUGAGCCACCAUGUGGUUGCUGGGAUUUGAACUCUGGACCUUCGGAAGAGCAGUCGGGUGCUCUUACCCACUGAGCCAUCUCACCAGCCCAUGAAGGGAUUCUUUUUACACUCUGCUUCUGGGGAGGUGUUUGAAGAGAGCACCUUCCCAAUGUAUGGACUUUUAGUGCCCUUGGCCUGUCAUCUCCACAAAGUCUCAUCACGCAGAUGCAGCUUGCCUGGCAUUCUCUAGGUAGCCCAGGCUGGCCUUGAGCUCAUAGCAAUCCUCCUGCCUCAGUCUCCUGAGUACUGGGUUUGCAGGUUUCGGGUACCACAUCAGCUUGAUUUCAUAAUGGAUAAAGGAAUAGUUUGGAGAAAAUAAUUUCUUCUGCAGUCUUUUUUAUUUCUGUCUAAUUUAAAAAUCUGUUACUUCCUUAAAAGGAGCUAAUAAAGGUUUUGAUGUAUUCUUACAUCCAAGUUUCAUGCCAUCUCUGUGUCAGUUUGGAUUUGUAUAUAUUCUGUUGUUUUUUAAUUGUUGUUGUUGUUUCAUGUCAGCAGUAUUUGUAUCCAACUUAACUUAUAUUUUCUCAAGUAUUAAAAUGUCAGCAUAAACCCACUCUGUUUGCUUUUUUAAUGUAUUUUAACUGUGUUUUGAUUAUUUGACCCAUGUUGGAAAUUGCAUAUAUGAAACUGAUAAAUUAAGAGUUUUAAAUAUUAUGUUAUUUUAAACAUUUUUUUAUUGUAUUGUUUCUCGAUAUUGUUUCAGAAAGACCAGACUCGUGGCUAAUUAUCUUUGAGAUAAUGGAAAUGAUCAGUUAUUAAAGUCAAAUUUUAUAGGACACACCAACACUGUGCUUACAGAAAGUCACUGAUAAUAGAAUUUCAAACUUCCUUUUCCCAUAGUCCUGUUUCAGGGUCACACUUUGAUACACCGUAAAUGUAUUUGAAAUCCUUUUUUUAAUGUUCUUUUAUGACCAGAGCAAUUAUUAAAAUGGAGUUAACCUACUAUGUAUUUCCUGGGCUGUUUCUAAGAAUAAAAUCCCAAAUGAAGUUUUA